AGAGGAGGAAGCCCGUAAAUUGUCUGUUUACUUUGCUUUACGUCCACGGGUUGUUGCCGGUAAAACGGGGCAGGGCCAUCGUUCUCUGUCAAGCUAGCCAGAGUUUUACAGAAAGAAAAGCAAUUCUGCCUUCAGAAUAAACGCACCACCGCUGUUUAAAAGACAUUUGGAGUCUUCCGCUGAUGAGCCAUUUAUUUUGAAUGUAUAGUGACCGGGACUUGUAUAUGUAACUCGGAGGUUUGACCCUGUUUUGGCCACAGUGAACGCUUAACGUUAGCUUAAAUAUAAGGCAGAAAGGUAAGCUAACUACAUGUAUGUGAUACUAACAACACAGAAGGAACCGUGGAAUUGAACACAUAUGGAUCCUAACCGCAUAAUCCAGGCUCUGAAAGGGACUAUCGACCCCAAUUUGAGGAUAGCGGCGGAGAAUGAACUCAAUCAGUCGUACAAGAUCAUCAACUUCGCUCCGACGCUGCUUCAGAUCAUUGUGUCGGAGCAGGUGGAGUUCCCUGUUCGUCAGGCAGCGGCCAUCUACUUGAAGAACAUGGUGAGUCAGUACUGGCAGGACAGGGAGCCGUCUCUGGGCGAGGUGGUCUUUCCCUUCAACAUCCACGAGAACGACCGGCAGCAGAUCAGAGACCACAUAGUGGAAGGCAUCAUCCGCUGUCCAGAGUCCAUACGCGCCCAGCUGACCAUGUGUCUGCGAGCCAUCAUCAAGCAUGACUUCCCCGGCCGCUGGACCGCCAUAGUGGACAAGAUUGGCAUGUACCUGCAGUCUCAGAACAGCGGCAGCUGGUACGGCAGCCUGCUGGCUCUCUACCAGCUGGUCAAAACAUACGAGUACAGGAAGGCAGAUGAGAGGGAGCCGUUGCUGGCAGCCAUGCAGAUCUUCAUGCCCAAGAUUCAGCAGCUCAUCAGCCAGCUGCUGCCCGACGCCACCAUCUUCUCUGUCCUCAUCCAGAAACAGAUCCUCAAGAUCUUCCACGCUCUCGUACAGUACUCGCUGCCUCUCCAGCUGAUCAACAACACAGUGAUGACUCAGUGGAUGGAAAUCCUCAGAGCUAUAAUGGACCGAGACGUCCCAGCUGAGACGUUGGAGGUUGAUGAGGACGACCGUCCUGAGCUGGCGUGGUGGAAGUGUAAGAAGUGGGCGUUACGCAUCAUCACCAGACUGUUUGAACGAUAUGGAAGCCCUGGCAAUGUGACAAAGGAGUAUUACGAGUUUGCAGACUUUUUCCUGAAGACAUAUGCAAUGGGCAUACAGCAGGUCCUGCUGAAGGUGUUGGACCAGCACCGACAGAAGCAGUAUGUAACUCCUCGCGUCCUGCAGCAGUGCCUCAACUACCUCAACCAGGGCCUGUCCCACUCACUGACCUGGAAACAGAUGAAGCCACAUAUGCAGACCAUAUGCCAGGAAGUCAUCUUCCCUCUCAUGUGUUACAAAGAUGAGGAUGAGAAGCUCUGGCAGGAAGACCCUUAUGAGUACAUCCGCAUGAAGUUCAACCUCUAUGAUGACCACGCCCUACCAGCCACCGCUGCCCAGAGCGUCCUGUGUAAAGCUGCCCGCAAGAGGAAGGAGGUUCUUCCUCAGAUGAUGGAGUUCUGCCACCAGAUACUAAUGGACCCCUCCGCUGACCCCCGCAGGAAGGACGGGGCACUGCACUGCAUCGGAGCUCUGGCCGAGCUCUUACUGAAGAAGCGGAUGUACAGGGAGCAGAUGGAGCUGAUGCUGCAAAACUAUGUCUUCCCUCUGCUCAACUCUGCUAUGGGUUACCUGCGAGCCAGGUCGUGCUGGGUGCUGCACUGCUUCAGCCCUCUGCGUUUCCACGACGAGCUGGUGCUGAGGAACGCCGUGGAAUUGGUCAAACAGGAUCUGAUCGACGACAAAGAGAUGCCUGUCAAGGUGGAAGCCGCCAUUGCUCUGCAGACACUGGUCAGCAACCAGGAACAAGCCAAGCUGUACAUCAGGCCGUACAUCCGGCCCAUCAUGCAGGAGCUGCUGCACGUGGUGAAAGAGACGGAGAACGACGACCUGACCAACGUCAUUCAGAAGAUGAUCUGCGAGUACAACCAGGAGGUGGCCGCCAUCGCUGUGGACAUGACGCAGAACCUGGCGGAGAUUUUCACCAGGGUCCUUCAGAGUGAGGAGUACGAGGAGAGCGAGGACAAGACCGUCAUGGCCCUGGGCAUCCUCAGCACCAUCGACACCAUCCUCACUGUAAUGGAGGACCACAAGGAGAUCACUCAGCAGCUGGAGGGUAUCUGUUUGCAGGUGAUUGGUCUGGUCUUGCAGAAGCCCAUCAUAGGUAUGGCAGAGUUCUACGAGGAGAUCUUGUCGCUGGCGUUCGGCCUCACCUGUCAGACCAUCUCCCCCCAGAUGUGGCAGCUUCUGGGCGUCUUGUACGAGGUCUUCCAGCACGACUGCUUCGACUACUUCACAGAUAUGAUGCCUCUUUUGCACAACUAUGUUACCGUGGAUACAGACAUGCUCCUGUCCAACCCUAAACACUUAGAGGUCAUCUACAGCAUGUGCAAAAAGGUGCUGACCAUCGAUGCAGGUGAGGACGCAGAGUGUCACGCUGCCAAACUGUUGGAGGUCAUCAUCUUACAGUGCAGAGGCAGAGGCAUCGACCAGUGCAUCCCUCUUUUUGUGGAAGCAGUUUUGGAGCGUUUGAUGCGGGGGGUGAAGUCCAGUGAGCUGAGGACCAUGUGCCUGCAGGUGGCCAUAGCUGCUCUUUACUACAACCCAGCCCUGCUCAUUCACACUCUGGAAAACAUGCACUUCCAGCUCAACCCUCAGCCCAUCACCGCCCACUUCAUCAACCAGUGGAUGAAUGACACAGAGUUCUUCCUGGGGCUCCAUGACCGUAAGAUGUGCAUCAUCGGCCUGAGCGUGCUGAUGGAGCUGCCCAGUCGGCCGGCAGUGCUGGAGGGAGUCGCCGCCCAGAUUGUCCCCUCCAUCCUGCUCCUGUUCCUGGGCCUCAAACACCUCUACGCCUCCCGACUCGUCAACAAACCGGACCUGCUGGCCCAUGCAGGGGCACAGGAAGAAGACCAGAACGAGGAGAUUCCCAGCGAUGAGGAUGAGGUGAACGAGAACCAUAGCGACAUGCAGCAGCAGUCCAGCAUGGCGACGGGCCAGGCCAGUGAGGAUGAUGAUGAAGACGAAGAUGACUACUGGGAUGACGACGGCUUUGAGGGAACCCCCCUGGAGGAAUACAGCACGCCUUUGGACUAUGACAACGGAGAGGACGAGUAUCGCUUCUUCACCUCUGCCCUGCUCCGGGUCCAGAACACUGAUGCAGCCUGGUACCAGUGUUUGACAGCUCCGCUCAGCGACGAACAGAAGAAACAGCUGCAGGAGAUCUACAGCAUCUCACAGCAGAGGAGGAGCACCGCUGCCAAGGGCCAGUGAGCGCCGAGGAGACAAGACAGACUGCAGAAUCAGAGGAGGGGGGGGCAAAGAAGAAAGGAGCUGGUCUGACCUGACCUGAAGUGAAUUUCAGUCUAAUCUGGAUGAAAUCAGUCCAGAUCAGACCAUGUCAGAUUUAUUGGAUCCAACCCAAACCAGGUCCCAGGGUGCCAUCAGAAAUGGAUGGAGGAGCAGGGGCUGAGUCGCCAUUAUAUCAGUUUGGACCUGGUGCACUGUAAAGAGCCCCUACUGGAAUAUUCCUAUGACCAGGACAGGACCUGUGUGUGUGUGUGUGUGUGUGUGUGUGUGUGUGUGUGUGUGUGUGUGUGUGUGUGUGUGUGUGUGUGUGUGUGUGUGUGUGUGUGUGUGUGUGUGUGGACUCCAGAUAAGGCUCUGCAUUAUAAAUAUAAAUGUCCUUGACCAGCAAAAGUAGUUUAAGUUCUUGUACAGUGCAGCGUGUGUGUGUGUGUGUGUGUGUGUGUGUGUGAGAUAUUGAGGAACUGUAAGAAAUAAAACCACAGAAUGUGCGUUUGUCCUAGUCUCUCUGUAGUUUGAACACUUUUUAUCAUCUUAUGAAGCGAGGGCCGACGGGGAGCAGGAAGAGCCCGGUUUCUGUCUGGGUGCCUUGUGUACAGACUGCGGAUGGACGAGAAGGUCAAAGACUUGUGGCCUCCAGCUAUGAUGUCACACAUGAAAUGUGAAAUGGGAGAGGGAUCUCGGGAGAAGCAGUUAUUUGUCUUUCUCUUUGUCCCUGGGUUUUGUUUUUGUAAGGGUUUUCAGAACUAAUUUAAAAAAAAAGAAAUCAUAAAAGUUCAUGUAACAUUUGAGUUGUUAUCCAACCUCCUUUACUCCUUCCUUCCUACCUUUAACUAAACGUCUUUCCUCUGUGUUAAUGCUUACUGGCAAAUGUUAACAGAUGUACUUGCCGAACAUUAGCAUUCAAUUGUGAGAAUGUUAGCAUGGGAAUGUUAGCAUUUAGCUCCAAGGAGCACUGUGCCUAAGUACAGUCUCACAGAGCAACUACUGUGUAAACUCUUGAGUCUUGUUUUUCUUUUUAUAAUGUCAAUUUUUACCAUUACAUUUGGAAUUAAACAACACCGUGCCCUUUACACUCACAGAGAUUAAAAAAUAAAAAACACCAUGUAUGC